AUGGCGCCCGCCGCCUCCAAGACGCGCGACAACCAGUUCUUCAAUGUCGGAGUCCAAGGAAGGAAGACGGGCAUCACGCUCAAGGACACCGGUGUGCGCGAUGAACACGGCAUGGAGCCCAUCGACGGCAUCUUCUCCUCGCCCGAGAAGUCUCCCCCGAAGCGCAACAACCAACCCCAACAGCCCGACAAGACCUUGACCUCUUCCGACAUGGACCUUCAGCAAAGUAUGCCCCGCCAUAUAUACGAACACAGCGACCAGCCGUUCUACAGUCUCGUCGACGAACUGCUGGCCAGCGAAGAAGAAGACGAAGAAGAAGAAGAAGCUACUAAGACAACACUGCCCCCAACAGGUUCCAUGCCCGAACCCGCCGCCGCCCUCAGCGCCCGCAAGUCCCUUCGUCCCGGGAGAGCCUCCAUUUUUCCCCCGCCCAUGGCCCGCUCGCCCAUCAAGACCCACCUUGGUUCCUCCCCUCGCCGCAAAUCCACGGGCCUGCCGUCGGCCAUGCGCAGGCCCUCGGGCACUCCUGAUCGCGCCGUCUCCCAUCCCGCAGUCGCAAGACGAUUGGACUUUGGCGCCAUUGAUGAGGACAAUGCGAAAGCGACGGGAAGCGGGAACAGGAAUCGGGGCCAGCCCCGCCCACACGUCUUCGAUCUGCCGGUUUCGCCCGCCCGCGGCAAGAAGCGCACACACGACGAGAGCGUUGUGGAGGAUGAGACCGUGCUCGAAGAGAGCGAGCUCGCGGUCAAUGGCGUUGGGGGGGAUAGCCCGCUACCGGCCGGCGGAGACGACUCGCUGCCGAUGCUCCCUGAAGACAAUGGCGGUGACACCGAGGCGGAUGAGCCCGAGGAGAAUUCAAUGGAAAUCCCCGAAGAACCGCAGCCGAAGCCACGCCUCACCAAAGCUCGCGGUCAGGGAAGGAAAAGCUUGGAGCACAAGGAAUCGCCCGUAUCAGCCCCAAAAAAGAAGGCAGGACGGCCAAAGAAGAAUCAAGGUUUGGUAUCCGCAAAGUCGACCAGCGCCGCGGUACCUGCGAGGUCGCGAUCGGCUGCACAAUCACGACCAGCUCCGAACACACACGUCGCGGAUGAAAGCGCAAUGGACGUUGAGCCGUCGAUAGAAGAGCCGUCAAUGGAACAAGUCGGCCAAGACGAGGCUGAGGAAGAAGUGGAAGAGAAACCGGAAGAGGAAGAGAAAGAAGAAGAGGAGGAGGAGGAGGAGGAAGAGGAGGAAGAGGAGCCGGAAGAGGAGCCGGAACCGGAGCCGGAGCCUGAACCCGAACAUGAACCAGAACCAGAACCUGAGCCGGAGCUGCCUCUAGCGAAGAGGAAACGGGGACGGCCGCCUAAGUCAAGCUCGAAGUUUGACCUACACGUGGACGAACCUCAGGAACCGAUGCAGCUGCCCGAACGCCCGGCGAAGAAGGCCAAGAAAACACCAGCACCCAAGAAGCCUCCCCCAUCGCAGCGCGAUCCAAAUGCCAGAAUAACGUCGAAAAAAGACGACGCGAAGAGCAAAUCAAAGGGCAAACAGAAGGAGGACAUGCCCCCUCCGCCACCUCCAUCCCAACCGAGCUCGCAGCGAGAGCCGGGUCGGUCACGUCAAGCAAGUCAAGCAAGUCAAGCAAGUCAAGCACGGAGUCUCCAAAUCCUUCGUCAGGGCACGCCUUUUGAUGACGCGGGAGCGCGAACUACCCGAUCAGGCAGGAUCUCGGCCAAGCCGAUCGAGUACUGGCGCAACGAGAGGAUCGAGUACAGCCACGACGGAACCAAAAAGGAGAUUGUUCGUGCCGAGGAUGUCGAGAAAGUCAAGCGUCCCGCGGCGCGCGCCAAGGCACGCAAGCGAGCCGGCAAGCGGUCGGAAAGCGCAAGCGCAAUCGAGGAGGAGCCGGAAAUGGAGCUGGAGGAGUGGGAGAUUGAUCCGGGCGUGAUGCAGGGCUGGGUCAACGGCUGGGACGAGAAGGCACACACGGUGAUCGAUCAGGGCGGGCGGAACGAAGACAUUGCCUAUUCUGCGGCCGCGCUCGAAACAAGAGAAGUGGCAGGGGCGAAUUUCCGAUAUUCGAAGGUUCUCGGGAUCCCCUACUUUGGGGCAGGCAUCGUCGACAUUCCGCCGCACGGAUCCAAGCGGUCGAAGAACUCGCGGCGCAUGUACAUGGCGUUCUGCCUGCUCUACGGCAAGGUCAGUGUCACGGUGGGCGACAACGAGUUCAGCAUCAGCAAGGGUGGGGUGUGGAUGGUGCCAAGAGGUGAGUAA